AUGACUUCUAAAAAGCAACCCAAUAUUCAGUCUUUUUUCAAAUCUACUACGAAUGUUUUACCUACACAAGAAAAACUUGAUAAUAUACAAAAUAAAACAGAUUCAGUAGUUUUAAUAUCAGAUACUAAUAGCCCUACAUCGUCUGUGUCCCAUAUAAAUAGACACGAUAUUUUCAAUUACGUCAAAAGAGUAUUGACUCAAAAUGAAAUACACGAUAUAUUAAAUUCAAUUUGGAUUCCCGAUGUAAAUUAUAAUUUUCCUGUGAAAAUAUUUAUUGUUGGAAAAGAUAAAACUACUAAGCGCUUGAAAUUUCAAUAUAAAUGGUUUGCUAGCUUUCCUUGGUUAGUGUACUCUGAUAUAGACAAUGGAGCGUAUUGUAAAUUUUGUGUAGCUUUUUCAACUAAUUUUGCUGGAAUUAAUAACCAAACAUUAGGAUCAUUAGUUACAAAAAAGUAUGACAACUGGAAACAUUCAUUAGAAUAUUUCAAAAAUCACUCGCAACUAGAGUACCAUAAAAAAUACAAACAAAUUGAUAUUGGAAGGAAAAAAGAAAUAAUUGAAAAUCGUAAAAAUAUCAUUCCUGUUGUUGAGGCAAUUAUUUUGUGUGGUCGGCAAAACAUGGCAUUAAGAGGGCAUCGUGACUCUGGAAACAUUUUAAAAACAUUCUCAGAUGACAAACAAAAUAAUGACGGUAAUUUUAGGGCAAUUCUUCGCUAUAGGGCCCAAGGUGAUAGUGAUAUGAGAUCAUAUCUUGAAAGUUCUGGUACCAUUAAGUACACAAGUUCUACUAGUCAAAACGAAAUAAUCGAUUCCUGUAACAAAGUAUUAUUAAACAAAAUAGUUUCAAGAGUAAACGAAGCAAAGUGUUUUUCUGUUCUCGCUGACGAAACGGCCGAUGUGUCGGGUAUAGAACAGGUAUCUUUGUGUGUCAGAUAUGUAGAAUUAAACACCCUUAAACUUCAUGAAGAUUUUUUACAAUUCGUUCCUGCUGUUGACAUGACAGGAAAGGGAUUAGCAAAAUUAAUAAUUGACAAUCUGCAACAUUUUGGCAUAGAUACGACAUAUUUACGUGGUCAGGGGUAUGAUGGGGCGGCCUCCAUGUCGGGUAAAUUUAAUGGCGUUCAAGCUCAUAUUAAAGACACACAUCCCUUAUCAAUUUAUGUACACUGCUCAGCACAUGUGUUAAACCUAGUAGUAUCUAAAUCAUGUAGCGUGACACAAAUAAGAGAUUGUUUAGCAACUUUAGGAAAAGUUCGCGACUUCUUUAUUUUUCCAAAAAGAAAAUCAAUUCUUCGAUUUCAUAUUGAAAAUUCAUCAGAAACAUCCACAAAAAAAUCAUUGAAAAGAAGUUGCGAAACUAGAUGGAUAGAACGAUUUCACGCAAUAAACGAUUUUAUAGAACUUUAUGAGUAUGUCAUUGAAGCAUUGGAUACAAUUUCAGAAUGGGACGAUAACGAUACUUCGAAUAAAGCAAGACGUCUUAGAAGUUCUAUUUUAGAUAUAGAGUUUUUGAUAUCAUUAUUCGUAUUGAACAAAGGUUUUAGUAUAGGUUUACCACUUUCAAAGUUCCUACAAAAAUCAAAUAUCGAUCUUAAAUUGGCUGUACAAUUAGCAAAUGAUACAAAAAAAGAAUUACAAGAACUUAGAACACACGUCGAUGAUGUUUUUAAAAAAAUAUUUGAAGAAGUAAAAGUAGUAGCCGAAAAAUUCGAUAUUGAAAUUAAAAUUCCGAGAUUAUCAAAAAAACAAACUAAUAGAAGCAAUAUACCAUUAAAUACUCCGGAACAAUAUUAUCGAGCAUCAAUUUUAAUUCCUUAUCUUGACAAAUUUAUUACAGAGUUAGAAGAAAGGUUCAAUGUUCAUCGAUCGAUUUUAUCAGGUUUCGAUUCUCUAUUUAGGGAAAAUGGUCCCAUUGAAGAUAUUAUAAUUCUUUCAAAUAAAUACAAUGCAGAUUUACAGAAUGAUGGAACUCAAAAUGAAAUUAUUGAAGCAGAGUACAAAUUAUGGCAGAGAAAACUCAUGCAAACAACAGAGAAACCAAAUAAUGCUCUAGAGGCUAUGGCUAUGUGUAACCAGUCAAUUUAUCCAAAUAUAUUUAAACUUCUUCAAAUCUUAGUCACGCUUCCUGUUUCCUCUGCAACAAAUGAAAGAACAUUUUCAAACUUAAAAAGAUUAAAAACAUAUCUAAGGAAUUCUAUGUCAGAGGGAAGAUUGAACGGUUUAGCUAUGCUAUCAAUAAAUAAAAACUAUUCAAUAAAACCAGAAGAAGUUAUUGAAGAGCUGGCGAAAAAAAAAAGACGUCUACCUUUUUUAUUAUAAAAACUAUUAAAAC